UCCAUAUAUAUAGUUGUUUAUUGGGCUGUUUUGGUUUCAAAUACUUGGUGAGAUUGAGACCGGGAAGAAAGUUAAUGGCUCCUCUUCACCUCUACAACAACUUCAGGUUUUGUUUUCUCAGAAGCAGCAAUAAUCCAGCACAAAGAUGAUGUUGAUAAUUGCUGAGGAGAUGGAUUACUUGAUUUCAAGAGAUCGAGGUGUCCUUCAUGAGCUUUUUAUGCUCACAACUUUGCCGUUUUCAAGAUGUAUACUUAUAGGUUUAUUUAUCGUUUUCAUUCUCCAUGUCUAGCAAAUGCAAUAGACCUUGCAGAUCGCUUCCUUCCAAAAUUGAAGUCUCUUAAUUGUAAACUUUUGGUUGUCACUUUCCGUGCCUAUUCUACGGAGCAGAUUCUAAGGAUACUGCAGGAGAGGCUUGUGCCCCAAGAUGCCUACUGGUUUCAUAAAACUACGCACUGAGCAGUUCGGUCCUAAGUUGGAGAAAUCUACUAUGACGAGUGAGGCAUACAAGGAGGCAGUGUUGGAAGCCAAAGAACACAUCUUGGCCGGGGACAUCUUUCAGAUAGUUCUUAGUCAGAGGUUUGAAAGGCGGACAUUUGCGGACCCGUUUGAGAUAUAUAGAGCUCUUAGGAUUGUUAAUCCAAGUCCCUACAUGGCUUAUUUACAGGCUAGAGGAUGCAUAUUAGUUGCUUCAAGUCCUGAAAUAUUGUUACGUUCCAAAAAUAGGAGAAUUACCAAUCGCCCCCUUGCUGGAACUGUAAGACGAGGAAAGACACCCAAAGAAGACCUAAUGCUGGAGAAAGAGCUCUUAAGCGAUGAGAAACAGUGCGCAGAGCAUAUCAUGCUUGUUGAUUUGGGAAGGAACGAUGUCGGCAAGGUUUCCAAGCCUGGUUCUGUGGAGGUUGAGAAGCUCAUGAAUAUAGAACGGUAUUCCCAUGUGAUGCACAUAAGCUCCACGGUAAAAGGUGAAUUACUCGAUGAUCUAACAAGCUGGGACGCUCUUAGAGCUGCACUUCCCGUUGGAACAGUCAGUGGAGCCCCAAAGGUGAAAGCAAUGGAGCUGAUUGAUAAACUAGAAGUAACGAGACGCGGUCCUUACAGUGGAGGCUUUGGAGGCAUUUCGUUUAAUGGAGACAUGGACAUUGCCUUGGCUCUAAGAACAAUGGUCUUCCCAACAAAUACGCGUUACGACACAUUGUACUCUUACAAGCAUCCUCAGAGACGUCGAGAGUGGAUUGCUCAUAUUCAAGCUGGAGCUGGAGUUGUAGCAGACAGUAACCCUGACGAUGAACAGAGGGAGUGUGAGAACAAAGCAGCGGCUUUAGUCAGAGCAAUUGAUCUUGCUGAGUCUUCUUUUCUUGAGACACCUCCUGAGGUUACUACGCCUCGCAUCAACAACGUCUUAGAAUAAGCAUGCUUUUUGCUACUAUUUACCAGUAUUAUCUCACUCGAGCUGUCUGAUGCGUGAGGUUGUUUUGUUUAUUUCAUGUUUACGUGUUAGAAUUUUUGGACUAGUGUCUUCAGUCUUUCGAACAAAUAGUAUUUUAUAAUAGAGACAGGGAUCAAACAAAAACCCGUAUC